AUGCAUGGUAAAACUAAAACAUGCAGAGUCUUUCUUGACGCAGGCUCUCAGGCUCACUUCAUUACUGAGAGCGUCGCAAUGUUCUUGAAUUUAGAUUGCAAACCAGUAACAAUCGCAGUCUCAGGUCUUGAUAAUACAUCAACUACCGUAAACCAGGCUACUACAGCGAUUAUAAAAUCUCGUCACAACAAAUUUCAAAAGACAAUCGAAUUUCUUAUUGUGCCUCAAAUCAGCGCUGCUAUGCCAUCUAUCACUAUUGAUCCUUCUUCCAUAGAAAUUCCAAAAAACAUUCAUCUGGCAGAUCCCGAGUUCUACAAAGUGUCGCCAGUAGACGCUUCAAUCGGAGUAAAGCUUUUCUAUAAGCUUCUGAGCAUAGGUCAGAUAUCUCUAAAAAAUCACCCAAACGCUGUGCUACAAAAAACACAGCUGGGGUGGAUUAUAGCAGGGGAAUUGAGAAAUCAACCCUCAUCUCGAAGCAUCGUUUGCCAUCUCGGCCUUCAUUCACCAUCGUCUCAGCAAGAACUUACUCGGUUCUGGGAAAUUGAAGAGCUGCCCCCGUCUAAGGCUCUUUCUCCAGAAGAAAAAGCUUGCGAGGAGCAUUACAAACUUCACACUUCGCGGAAUGAUUCCGGAAGAUAUGUAGUAAGAUUACCUUUCAACGUCCAAAUUAAAAAUUUGGGUACAUCUUAUUCAGCUGCCCUCAAGCGCCUCCAUAUAUUAGAAAACAAGUUUUCUAGGAACCCUGAGCUGCAGCGUGACUAUUCAGCGUUUUUAGCUGAAUACAAGGAUCUCAAUCAUAUGUCGAUAAUCCCGGAGCACGAGAACAAUAGUGUCGGUUUUUACCUUCCCCAUCACGCCGUGCUUAAGCAAGAUAGUGUCACCACUAAGAUUCGUGUCGUGUUCGAUGGAUCAUCAAAGUCUUCAACCGGUAUCUCACUAAAUGAUACCUUAAUGGUUGGUCCCAAGCUGCAGGAUGACUUGAUUGUAUAUCUUGACUCGGUUUCGAUCUCACAUAUAUGCAUUUACCGCUGA